AUGCAGAAAAUCGCGCGGGUUUUGACAGAUUUUCUCAUCGCUCGUUCUCCCUCGAUUCUCCACCAAAUCCGACCAUCAAGGUCCAAGAACAAGAGUGGUUCCGAAAUGGGUGUUUUACCUAAGUUAGGAGUUUGGGCUGACGGUUUGGAGUUUUUCCGGCCACCGGAAAUUUCUCAAGCCACCCAAGCUGCCGGCGCGUGUGGCGGCGCGUGGGCAGUCUGGAGGGGACCACUCUCAGUUUCAGAAUGA